UUCAAAUUUAAUGAUCGAUCCAUUCCCUAUAUAAGCAAGUUUAAAGUCCCUGCAAGUCACAGAAGAAAAAGAGAGUUUGGUGCUCAAGAAUUGACUCAAUCUCCUCCUCCAUUCAUGGUGUCCUUGCAAGCAGCCCGUCCUCUCGUGGAGAAGAAAAGGCCUUGUCCUAAAGUUGAAAAUUUGCUGUCAAAAAAGAGGAAGAACAAGAAUGAUGGAGAAGAGGAAGAAGAACGGCUCACCAAAGAGAUGAAAUCAGGGAAAAAAGAAGAGAUUGAGCUUAAUCUUGAUGCUCCUUUGCCUAUGGAUUGGCAACAGUGUCUUGAUAUCAAGUCCGGCCGAAUCCACUUCUACAACACGAAGACUCACCGGCGGACGUCGACGGAUCCUCGGCUGGGCUUGGAUCCGCCGCUGCGCUCGGCGUUGAGCCUCGAUCUCGAGCUCAACCUGGCCUGCCGCGAGCCGCCACCAAUUAGGGUAUCGGCGCUGCUUCAAGAGAAGGCCAAGACGGACCAUGCGUGCUCCAAAUCGCCGUGCGACGGGGAAGGAACCCCCUUGUCUUGGGUUUCUCCUGUCUCCGAUGCCCAGGAAAUGGUGGCGGCGGUCUGUGCGCGCUGUCACAUGCUGGUGAUGAUGAGCAAGGCGGCUUUGUCUUGCCCUAACUGCAAGUUCGUGAAUCGGCCGGAACGCCUCUUUUCAUCGGAGAUCAAAUCAACGGUGAAUUUCUUGUGCUGCAAGGAUUUGUAAGUGUUCAAUAGGAUCUCAUGGAAGCUUGUUCAUCCCCUCACCAUUAAUAUAUGAAUCUUACACUUAGAUCCGAGUUAUGUAAAUAAUACCAGAUGUAGUCGUCCUGAUUGAUAUAUUUAGCUUCGUCUUGCUAUAUGUAGACGCAUGGUUCUAUGUCAAAUCCUUCAUAUCUCUAUGCUUGUAACUCUAAGCAUACUUAAUUAAAAAACUUAGUUUAAGGGAUUUUCUGUCUA